UACAGAUUUGCAAGACGAGUCGUAAAGACUAUUGUGCAGUUACUGCAAUUUUUAUAUAUGUUAAGUUUGUAUAAUGAAGUUACAAUUAUCACCAGAAAUUAUUCGGCAGUAUUCAUCAGUCAUAAUAGUUAACCUAAGUGUGCUAACAACAGGCAUGAGUUUGAGUUGGUCGUCACCAAUGCUUGUGAAAUUAGCUGAUCCCUCACAGACUCAACUCAGUCGUCCUAUCACAUUCAAUGAAGGAUCUUGGAUAGUAUCCUUGGGAUAUCUUAUUAGUACCUUUUCAAAUGUUAUAGGCAGUUUUCUAUUAGACAAAAUAGGCAGGAAAUACUGUGUACUUGCAUGUGCGGUACCCAAGCUAUCUAUGGCGAUCUUCCUAAUAUUUGUGACAGAAGUAUGGAUGGUAAUAUUCGCACGAGCGAUCAUGCUGUUAAACGACUGUUUCUUGUUUUGUGUCGUUCCAGUUUAUGCUGCUGAAAUUGCUAGUAUAACACAACGUGGUUCUCUAGGAACAUUACUUCAGUUAUUUUCUUCCCUGGGGGUUGUAAUUACUCUGUCUGUGGGUCCGUUUGUAACCUACAGAAUAUACAGUUAUAUAUUAGUUGCUACGGUAGCUAUUACUACUAUACCAGUGUUCUUUUUACCUGAAAGUCCAUUUUUUCAAUUUUCUAAGGGAAAAACAGACGAAGCAUUAAAAACACUAACAAAAAUACGCGGUUCGAGGACACAAGCGAAACUAGAAUUGGACGACUACGAAAAAUCUGCCGAGAAAUCAAUAAAAAUCAGUAAAGUCGAGUUAUUAAAAAACAAAACAUUCUUGAAAUCUCUCCUGCUGUGUUUUCUUUUGUUUGGGGGUUCGCAGAUAGUUGGUUUCAAUGCUGUUUCGUUUUAUUUGCAAACAAUAUUAAUUUCAACGAGGACAAAUGUUGCUCCAGAAGUUGCGUCAGUCAUUAUUGGUAUAAUACAGAUGGUGGGUAGUUUAUCAGUCACUCUGUUGACGGCGAUAUUCGAGAGAAAAUGCAUCUUGAUAGUUUCACUGACUGGCGUGUUUAUUGGGAUGAUCGGCUUGGGAGUAUUCUUUCAACUAUGUGCCCCGGAAUUUAACGUUACUGGAUUUAUGAAUUAUCUGCCAAUAAUUUCAUUAAUAUUUGUAGUUUACUGCUAUUCAGCUGGAAUUGGCUCAUUGAUCUGGCCAAUUGGGGCUGAAUUAUUCGAAGGACCAUCAAGAGCCUUCGGUACAACAUUAGGGCUAGUGGUUUGCCAAUUAACAAUAUUCGCAACUGCUAAAUACUUACUCGAUAUGACUACAGCUUUAGGCCCUGCGUCGACAUAUUGGUUUUUUAGCGGAAUGUGUGUCAUUGUUGCCAUUUUAAUUGCCAUAUUUUUACCCGAAACUAAGGAUAAGACAUUUAGUGAAAUUCAGGAUUCGUUAGGGAAAACUGAAAAGGGUGUAAGCUCACUCUAAUAUUAGUAUUAUUAUAACUAUAAUAAAUAUAUUAAGCUGAUCAACAGCUUGCCAGCCACUGGACUGUGAAAUGUAUGUUUAAAUUUAUUUGUAAUACAUGCCAUGAGUAUCUGUGUAAUAUAUUAUGUAGUGUAUGUAUUAGCAAGCUGUACUAGAUAAGUAAAUAUAUGAGAUAACAAUUCAACGGAUCCCUAACCUAUAGAUGUACCUUAACAGAUAAUUUAAAUAUUAAAAAAAACCUAGAAAAACAGACGGAUACUUACGGCAUUAUCUCAAAGCCACUUUAAGAAGCGAGAAAUGAAUUAUAUUAUUUAUUUAUUGUUGAUUUGUUGUUAUAUGGUGAGUUUUUAUAUAGCCGUUGAUCCUUCUGCCUAAGAUAAAUAUUAAAUUAAAUCAAAUAAAAAUUAGUUAAUGUAAACGCGAAAUUAUUUACACAACUCAACGUGCCGAAGACAUAUUGAAAUGCAUUGGGUUUUUAUUUUCACUAUUCUUUUUUAUUUGUUCCUACUUUCUUAGGGUAAAAGUUAGAAGACAGACAUCGCUAAACGUGACUUUUGUAAUACAAAUUUUAUUAGAUUUUGACAGUCGUAGGUUUCUGAAUACUACCCUAGCGGUAAAUAUGACUCAUUUAUGUAAAUUCCCAUACAUUUAUGACACAUUGGUCAUAUUUAGACUAAGUGUCGACAUACGUCGUUAAAAUAUAUUAAUUAUAUAAUAUCCAAACCUGUCCUUUAAUUAGUACAAGGGACGACUUAAUGGAUAUGCAUCGAAUGGAUAGAUAAUGUAUGGAAUGGAAUAAAAAUACACAUUACAUAUUUAUCAUAAACAUUAUUUUAAAUAGACAUUAUAAUAAUUUAUGUUAUAUUUGUAUUAUUUCUAUUACCAUAUUUAAAAUUAAAAUUAUACCCUUAAGGCGUUAUUGGUAACAAUUUUUUGUACUAUAUCGAACAAUAUUUAUUAAUAAAGUCUGUGACUACUCGCAAGAAUAACGUUAAAAUGGCUACCGAAGGUAUUCGUGUCGAUAUUUUUUUAUGACGCUAUUAUUACGUUUUAAUUUUCACGAAUUCUAAUAUACUAAUAAAAUUUUGAUUUAUGUCUGUCUAUAAUUAGAAACUUAAACCCUAUAUUAGUGUAAUUGCACGUUUUGUGACUAUAUUAUCAUUUACCUGUGAGAUACAGCAAUAUAUGGAACGCAGAGUACUUACUGUACGUACUACUUACGCGGGCGGGCUACAGCGCUCGCAUGAACAGACACAAUGACAGAUGGACGAACAGGAUAACAUGGACCCAUCGGGGAAAAAAAGAAAGACCAACUCUUUCGCGGUGUAGUGACGAGUGACGAGCUUAAAGUAAUUAGUGCGGAUGAUAAGCAGAAAAAUGCUUAGGUUGAGAGAGAGAGGCCAAAGAUUUAGAGAAGCGUUGUAUACUUUAUCUAACAAAAAACAUAAUGGAUUUUGGAAGUCAUUAACUAAAUAUCACCUGACAGUAUUACGCUAAGGUUAAGAAAGUGUUAUUGAUGUAAAAAAAAAACAACGUUUGAUGAGAUUAUUACGAGAUUAUACAAAAAUAUAUAUCAAUCUAUGAAAAAUUGCUAUGGUCAUUUAAACUAUAUAUAUAUAGUCGUUCUCCACCGUCUCGUCUAUAUUACCACACUGUACAAUUUAAAUGAAUAAGCACACAAACAAUUUGCUGAUACUGAAUUGACUGAUUGCACACA